AUGUCGGCCGAACGGGAGAAGAGAGCGAGACUAAGCCAUGCCUGUGAUCGUUGUCGAAAAAGACAUGUUAAAUGCGAUGGUGAUUAUCCUAUCUGUGGAAACUGUAAAUCCGUUAAUGGCGAAUGUAGUUAUAGUCACCCAGGCAGCAAACGGGGUUAUGUAGAAACAAUCGAUGAUAGAUUGAGCAAGAUUGAACAAGUUUUAACGAAAUACCUGGAAGGUGCCGAUGCUCAACAGAGUAUUAUUAAUAAAUCCCCAGAUAAAUCUAUUGAAGAUCUAGAGGUUGAUGUGUACGAAGCUGUAAAUAUGUCAAAAUUGCAAACAAUUGCGCUAGUUGAUUCAAUGUCUUCACUUUCAUUGAAACAAAGUAGUAGAUUUAUUGAUGCUGUAACUAAAGAUGAUCAAUCCGAAACUAACGAUGAAGGUAGUAACAUUGUUCUCGAAGAGUUCCAACGAUCCGUUGAACCAUCACUUCCAGAGUCUUACAAAGGUCCACAAGAAUUACCUCCAAAAGAUCUGUUUGAUCAUUUGAUACAAAUAUUCUUUACUCAUGGCUAUGGAACACGAACCCCACUUAUACACAAACAAUCAUUUCUCAAAAUGCUUAAAGAAAAAAGCAACCAGCCUUCUAUUUUAUUACUAAAUUCUAUGUUGGCUUUAGCGAGCGUUUUUUCAACCGAUCCGAGAACACGCUCAGAUCCAGAAAAACCGGAAACUUCCGGUGACGUCUUUUUCGAUCGUGCUCUAGCCCUAAUUGAUGAUUUCAUGGACAGAGCUCGCCUUUCCACCAUACAGGCUCUUUGUUGCCUGUACCAUUUUUGUGUAAAGGAUACCAAAAAUUCGUGUCGUAUCUGGACGCUCAUCGGAAUGGCCGUCAGGAUGUGUAUGGAUUUGGGAUUACAUCGUGACUGUUCGAAAUGGCCUAUUAGCAAACUUGAAAAAGCAAUUAGGACUAGAGUUUUUUGGGCAGUCAUGAAUGCAGAAACACUCGCAUGUGCUUCCCUUGGUAAACCACUUCCUAUAUACGAUUACAAUACUAAAUUGCCGUACGAGAUCGAUGAAGAUGGUGAUGACGCACAAGAAGUUAUCAAUUACUUUCAUCUAUCAAAGCUAUUUAAAAUAUACGGUAAUAUUUUACACUCAAGACCUUACUUCUCUCAACCCGGAUCUCUGCGUAACACACUACCAGCCAUCGAUGCCACUUUAAAUUCUUGGUUACUUGCUCUACCUCCUCAUUUACAAUAUAAUCCAAGCGCCGUUAACGAAUCAGACUCCCCAAUAUCAAUUUUUACUGCUUUUAUGCAUCAAAUGUAUUAUACUGUCGUCAUUUCUCUUCACAAACCUUAUAUAGGUACAGAUGAUUUUCCAAAUAUUAAUUCACAUAGCGUAUGCAAUCAGGCUGCAAUAAAUAUUACAAAAUUGUGCAGUCACAUACCCCAUACCCGAGAAACAUUAUUCUCUUUUACCGCUAUUGUUUAUUGUGUAGGACAGGCUGCCUCAAUACAUUUAAUGAACAUGAGCGAUUUAGAUUCUUAUAAAAUUGGAAAAAUGUAUAUGGAAAAAUGCCUUGAAUUUCUUGACAAUUCAGUAAAAGAAUCUCGACUAGGUGAUCUAAACAAUUGCGGAUUAAAACAAUGUUAUGAACUGCUAAAAGCUUUGUAUGAUGCGCAAUUAUCUAGGAUGGAAAGUCCUAAAGCUUUGACUCAAAAAUCUAUCAAGGGCGGUUUAGAUGAUAAUGAGAAUGAUUAUAUCAAACUAGACGGUGUUGAUCAAGUUCAAGUAGUUCCUACUCCACCUCCAUCAAUGCAACAAGAUCCUAUUAACAUCAGAGGUGAAUCUAAUCUGUCGGUCCCAACACCUGUUAUCAAAACCAAAAAAUCCCCAAUAAUAAAAAAUCGUACGCGUAAAAAAUCUUUAAAAAAUACGACAUCUGUACCAUCACCUCAUCAACAAAUGACGCAACCCGCUUCCCAUAAACCCACAUACGUUGACCAAAUUUCACAUCAACCAAUAUCAUCAUCAUAUUUAAAUUCGUUGCCUCAUGAUUCCUCACGGAUAUUUAAAAUAAAUCCUACACCCGAACCAUCCCCACCGUUUCCUCAACAGUUUCAACAAUCACCCAGUCACCAUGUUCAAAGUGGCGAAUUGUCAAGCCAUCAAUAUAUGGAUAUAUCUACUAUGGCGUCUUUGGGUAGAUCACUUGCCGAACCACCUGUUGUUCCUUCUUCAAAUUAUUAUGGGAAUCAAAAUGUGAUGGAAUUCUCUCAACAAGGCUCCGAUAAUAUGUAUUUAGGUGAAUGGGAAAUGAUUGGUGCUAGUCCACAUCAUCAAAUUUCGGACGCAAACAUAAACAGCUCUGCUUCAUUUAAUCAUCCUCCUUUAACAAGCACUUCGUCAAUUUCUAUGAUGAGGUCAUCAUCUGACUCAAAUUCUCCACCUCAUCAAGAUCAAACAUCAAGCUACAUAACAUUUCCCAUGAACAAUGAUCAUAACUCCUCCAUUUUAUUAAAUGGUAAUCAGACUAUAAUGAACCGUGGUACACAAGAUUUAGGUGGGAGGGGUAAUAGAUUAAGUCAUAAUGAAAAUGAGGACGGAAAUAGGGAUGGAUACGUUUAUGGCUAUGAUCGGUCAAUGACAGGUUAUGACCAAUACUAA